UCAUAGUUAUGGUCCGAUUUGCUUAAAAUUUGUUAGCAAAAUGACCUGCGUGUGCGAAAUGAUUGGUCUAGCCUGUUUGUUGGCCCUCAUCCUCAGUGCUUCCUCAAAGGCUCCAUACAAACUGAAAAUGGCGAUAUUCAUCAUUGGCUCUGGGGCUGUAGUUCUCUUAUGCAUACCUCUUAUGCUUCUCAGGCCGCGCAACUAUCGAAAUGCACUCAUACCAGCCUGGGGUUGCCGACAACUUUGCAAAGCACUAGGUGUUACAAUGACAGUGCGAGGUCUUGAAAAUAUUCACAUCGAACAAGGGGCUGUUGUACUGAUUAAUCAUCAAAGCUUCAUCGACUUAUGUGGGUUAGCGUAUUUAUGGCCAGUAAUUGGACGGGCAACUGUAGUAUCGAAAAAGGAAGUUCUUUUGUUCCCUUUUUUUGGUUUUGGAGCUUGGUUAUGGGGGACGCUUUUUAUUAAUCGCGCAAGCAAGAAAGACUCUAUCAAUGCUUUACAGAAGGAGUCUAGAGCAAUCAGAGAACGUGAUUGCAAGCUUUUAUUUUUCCCUGAGGGUACGCGCAAUACAACGGAGACUUUGUUACCUUUCAAAAAAGGGCCCUUCCACAUUGCUCUGCAAAGUCAAUGCCCAAUUCAACCCGUCGUCAUAUCGAAAUACUACUUUUUAAAUGAUGAAAGGAAAACGUUCCGCCCUGGCCAGGCCAUUAUACAAAUCCUACCUGAAAUCCAUACGGCUGGAUAUAGUCGAAAUCACAUAGAUGAAAUUAUUGAAACCACGAGGAAUACAAUGGAAAAUGAAUAUAGAAAAUUAAAUCAGGAAAUACGAAGCCUAUGAUAUAGAUUCUUGAUACAUCGGUCCACACAUUUCUGUGAAAAACAUAAACAUAAACAAGCUCAUCAUAAGAGAUUAGCGGAACUGUAAAAGUUCGCACCAAGCCUAGUUUUAUGUCUGGUGGUAUAAAGUCUGCCGUGUGCCUUAACUUUCUUAAUAUGAAAUAAAAUUUUACUUAAGGUGUAGUUUA